AUGGCAGUGCAGGGGGCCAGAGAGGAGGAGGGGGGGGUAAGAAUGGGCUGUCCCUCUCUCCUCCCUCUCUAAGUCUCUUGCUCUCUCUCUUUCUCUCUCCCUUCCUUUUUUUGCAUGUGUUCAGCUGCUCCAGCUGUCGGUCUCCCCACUCACUCUCUCAGGGUCACACAGGCAGGAGUUCAAGGGACCACUUCUUCACAGCGCGACCGCCGCCAGCAGCAGGACACACCGGUCAGAGGGAGACAGAGACGUGGACGGCUCAUCUGGAAAGAUUCAACCGUGAGUGUUUCUCUAAUGUCUGGCAUCCGUGUUAGAAGAGACUUGUGUCAAACAGAAAACUUUUGGAUCACUUCUCCUGUCUGGAAAAGUUUUAGUAAGAAGUAAGAAGUAGGUGAGCUGUUCCUCUUACCUACUUUUCCAGUACAGGCCAUACACGUCACAGCUGCACCACUGCUCUGCUCUCUCAGCUGCACUCGGCUCCUCACAAGAGCCAAGAUAAUGUGGCCCACAGUCUGUGCAGUUUGCUUCUUGGCUCGGUGUUUCAGGCUGUAAUAGGGGGGUAGACAGGAAGAGAAGCGGUGAGUCACAGGCCGUGUAUUAUCGUACAGUAUAUUGCAAAAGUCUUCCACCUCAUCUUUUUUGUCCAACAGUCAAUAUCAUUGUCACAGUCUUAGUUUGGUCACUUCGAGGGGAAUAUUCCAGCAAGAUAAUUCUAGUUUUAAUUCAGAGUAAAAGAAGCAGGUGCCAGCAAAUGGUCAGCCAAGUUUCAGGGUUAAAGUGAUUUGUGUAACAACUUUAGUAAGAGAGUAACUUUUAAUCCUCAAAACAUCUCACACUGUCUUCUUCAUCCUCCAUGUGGAAGAUUCAAGCCUCUAUCCUCAUGACAGAGAUUAAAAAAAACCCAAAGGGAAAUUGAAUAUUUGGUUUUAUCCUCAGGCCAAAAUACUGUUGACCUUUUCAUGAUGAUUCAGUAAUCAUCUGAUGGCAGACGCUGAUUUGAGCGACUGACAAACACGCGCUGGGUUACUCUGGGUGAACUCGAUGUGUCAUGUAAUCCACCGUGCUUUUUCUUGCCUUUGUUUACCUGUGUGCUGUACUAGACAAACUCCUGUCAGAAACAAUUAGGUUGAAGAAGAGAAAAAGUCCCAGACAGUGUGGGAUGCUGCUUCACUUUCUGACAGUGUUUUUUUUUUUUUUUAAUCACUGUUUAUUCACUGCGCUUCUAAUAGCUAACAUGUGACAGCUCCAGCGUCACUGUAAUGAGUCAGGUGGGAUCAUAAAGGCAACAGGAAAGAGCUGUGUCCCCCUGAGAGCAGCACAUCAUCUCUUGCUUCCUUGUGUGCAUGCACUAAUACAUUACAGCCCUGAAAAACUCUUUUCAGAGCAGAAUCACCACAGGGAGAACAGAGCAGCUCAGGAGAGAGAGAGAGACUGUACGCAGAGUGUGAAUCUCUGCUGCAGGCCUCGAUCCCUCACUGACUAUAAUGUAUGGAGUUUCUCUGUGUGUGUGUGUGUGUGUGUGUGACCCCCUGGAUGUGGACUUGCAGGUUCACUGCUACAACGGUAACAAAGCACAGCUGGAGCACACAGGGCCGCGGUGUUCUCAGGCUGCUCCAUGCAUAACCGAGCAGAACUACACAAAGCAUGCCCAGUAUACACUGUAACAAAUGACCAUCUACACACGAACAUACACACACACACACACACACACACACACACACACACACACACACACACACACACACACACACACACACACACACACACACACACUGAGUAUGUAUUUGUGUGUGGUCCAACUGUGUGUUUUUCCUUGUCUCUAUGUGGUCACUUUUAAAAGCCACCUGAUAUCGUGUUUGUUAAACUGACUGUGUGAGUUUAAAAACAGGUCAGUCUGUGUUUACUGAAUGAAAUAAUUUGAUUUAAUUGUCAAAGCUUGUUAAUAAAAACAAGCUGUAAGAUUUUGAGUUUUCAACUGUAGUGAAAUGUGAUCAAUAAUAAAAAUAGUGAUCGGUUGAGUGUUGAAUCACAGCAGACCUAUCAGCCGUGCUCUACAGCCACAGUCUCUGACAUCCUCCUACGCAAAGAGGAAGAUGAGGAGUCAGGGGAAGCAGAGGCUGAAGGUUUGGCACCAGCUACUCUCUUAUAUGAUCCAUGGGGGGUUUCCCAGAACCUGAUACUCUGGGAACCACUAGAGUGGCAGGGCAACCCAGCUGGGAAAUGGCGCCCACAUCCUCGCCACGGGCAUUCCAGAGGUCCACUGCCUCUUGAUCUCCAGGAGAGCCAGGCCAACACCCAUGCAUCCCCACUGCCCACAUUCUGUAGCCAGUGAGUGACUGGACCCCGGACUGAUGGUCAGUUUGUUUUUGGGUGGUUUGGGUCACAUUCUUGUUGGUUGCAAGUGUCCACUGGGCCAAUUCAGAGAGGUCACGUACUGUGGCUGUCUGAUUUCACUGUGGUAUGCGUUACUGUCUAAAGGGUGAGGGCAUGUUUUGCUGCUUUUCACCGAGCAGAGGUCAUGAGUAGCCUGUGAUGUCAUGCGUUGACUAUUUCUGUGUGUCCACGUCACCCUGUGGCCUCUGUUUGUCUCAGUGAGAAAUACAACAAUAAGCAAUGGCUGCAAAUGUGGCCUUUGGCGUUAAGAUCUGAGCGUGUUUCGUGGCACGUAGACACUCAGUGAUUGUAACUUUCCUCCCAUGGAUUUUCACUGGAGCUUUCUACUUCAUAAAGAAACCUUGCACGGAUUUUUUUCCCCCUUUCCUGUCUUUUCUUUAUUUUGGUCAGCAGGAGCUGGAACAGGUGAUUUUCUAUAUUUAGACUCAGCUUCAGCACUUAUAGCUGCUCUCCAGGAACAUUAACUGAGGGAUGGUUGUGUCUGUUCUGGGAAAAAAGCCCAGUCCAUCUGAGAACUCAGCAAACAUAAUACUCUUUAAACCCUAACGCAGACCCACACAGCACAGUGCAGAGCAUUGUAGAAAAGACCAGCUCUUGGUUAUGUAUUCAGAUCCUUUACUUAAGUAAAUUAAAGAAAAAAAUAUGCCCAAAAAUAUACUUAAAAAGUCCUAAGUGAAAGCAGGCUUCUCAGUGUGUGAAUGGGUCUUUUUUGGGUGCGAAAGUAUGUCCUGUCUAUGGUGCUGUUAUGCUGUUAGUGGCUCUGGCUAUAAACUAGUUAGCUUAGCUUAAUGAUGGCUACAUAUGGUAGCUAAAUUACCCAUCAAGCUACUUAAUCUAACAGUUCAUAAAUGAAAACACUAAUAAUUCCAAAAAAUAUUUUUUUAUCACUGUCAUAGUUUGUUUUAGCCAACAAGUUUAUUGGCUUUACAAUACAGCUCUCUGAAGAGGGGUCAUGUUUGGUGUGUAUACAGGUAAAGGGUUGGCACUCUUCACAAUGAAUUACUAACCAUAAUUACUUAUAGUGUUGAUACAGACGCAGAGCUGAGCAUCUCUUACUUUCAGGAACAGACAUAUGAGCUGUGUACAAAGAUAUCUUCAAAUAUAGAGUAAUCUUUUGUUAGAGUCGUCAAUUUGAUGUUCGAUACCCAGUGCAGGAUGCUGAAGAACAGCUCUUUUUUAAAAUUUUCACUUUGCAUCUUUAUAUUUAUAUCCUUCUAAAUUGUAGAAGUGCUAAAAAAAAAUAAAAAAAAAUGUUUAGUGAUGUAUGUACCUUGUAAAUGUACACAGUCCCUGUCCUUCACUAAAAAGACUGAAUCCCUCUUCAGGAGAAUAUCAGGUAACACUUUACUUGACGCCUGUCUCUAUGACGCAUUAUAAAUAUCUUUAUAAUGUGUUAUAACCACGUUAUAACACUGUAUAACUAUAGCUAUAAACACUCAUAAAUGAUCAUAAUGCUUUAUAGCAAUAAUCAUAACACAUUAUAAAGCAUUUUAUCAUGACUUACAAGGACAGGUAUUAUAAUGUGUUAUAACUGUUAGCAACAGUUGCGAUGCAUUAUCUAUGUGGGCAUUGUCAGUGAGUUGUUAACAGUUAUAACACAUUAUAAUACCUGACCUUAUAAGUCAUAAUGAAAUGCUUUAUAAUGUGUUAUGAUUAUUGCUAUAAAGCAUUAUGAUCAUUUAUGAGUGUUUAUAACUAUAGUUAUACAGUGCUAUAACGUGAUUAUAACGCAUUAUACAUAUAUUUAUAAUGCGUUAUAGAGAUAGGCGUCAAGGAAAGUGUUAGCAAAAAGCACAACUGGAACUGAAAUUAACAGGAGGUUCACCUAAAACACCACUGCAAUAGAUCAUGAGCUGCUGUGCCAAAACACAAACUUUGUGAGUAACUGCCUGGAUUUCUGUACCUCAUUGCUGCUGCUGCUCUGACACACAGUAAAGCAAACCUCUGGAAGCCCCACUCAGCGAGACAAUCAUUCCUGUGAGUUGUAGUCUGACAGUCUGCAGACACAGAGGGCUGUCUGUGAGCGGCUAAUGCGAAAGUAUUUCUGUGAUGUUGACUUUGUUAUUUUCAGCAGGAGGAUGGAGCGCGUCACUUUGUUUAUGUUUUUACCUGGCAAAGGGUCUCAUUCCAUUUAUUCCUGCUGCGAUGAAGGGGGGGACUGUUUGGUUGACAAACAGUGAAUCAGGUCCAAGAACCUCACUGUUUGUUUUUGACUGACUACUUAAAAAUUUGCUCUGGCACUCAAGUUGAUUUAUCCAUUUUAGCCGUGGGGACGUCUUACAGCCUCAGUGUGUUCUUGGACUGACUUUAACAGUAUCUUUUGGGUUUCUAAUGAUUUCUUCUUUUGUCUUUUUUUCUGUCUGAUACGCAGAUCCCACUCCUCAGCUGCUCCAAACAUCACAAAGUCAGCUGUCUCUCUCAUCUUUGAAGCAGCUGCUACCUGUCUCAUAGCUGUGUGUGUGCGUGUGUGCGAGCGUGCAUGUGUGCGUGUUCCUGUCCCCUCUCCUACAAAUUAG